AAAAAGGAAUAUUGUAGUAAUAUGACAACAACUUAUGAUUUGUGUUAUAAUAUUUUACCAAGAAGUUUUAAAGGACCAAAAAUUAGAUUUUAUAAUGCAAGGUAUGUAUCAUUUUGUGUUAGUUAUAAGUAAAUUAUCUCAGUGCUUUAAUGUUAUAUUCAUGUUCUAUAAAAUUUAUGUUUUGUACUUGGAGACAGAGGAAAUGGGUCCCUGAACAGGAUCUGAUGAAAAGUUUUGGUACAUUAACUCAAUUUGGCUUAAGAGAAGCAUUAAAAGACGAAUUGUACAAGAAUUCACAAGAAGGAAUAGCUAAAUGUCAAUGGUGGUCUACUUAUAGGGAAGAAAUUGGGGAGUUAAAGCUAUUAAAUAUCGAACAAAAUACUCAAUUUCACAGACGAAAAGCGAAUUUUAAUGUGCCAGAUCUUAGACAUUUCGAGCGUACAUUAUCAGAUUCUGAACAGUGUUUACACCCAUUGAAAGUUAAAAAUUCAGUGUCACAUGCAAAUUGAGAAUAUGAUAAUAUAAAAUAUAUUUGUCCAUUAA